CUUCUACAACACAGUAAAGCGAAAACCAAAAUGGGCUCACACGAGUCGUUUUUCAUUAUUUUGUGUUUGCUUCAUGUUUCGUGUUGUGUUUCUUUCACUAACUUUGCAUUCGGGGAUUCGAUUGUCGAUGCUGGAAACAAUAAUUACUUACCAAGUCUAUCGAAAGCCGAUUACUCUCCUUAUGGCAUCGAUUUUACGCCUUCUGGCGGAAAGCCCACCGGAAGAUACACGAAUGGCUUCACCAUCGUUGACCUUGUUGCACAAGCUUUGGGAGCCAAAACACUAGCUUCGCCGUCUCUAGCCGCUAACGCAGCGUCACACGCAACUCUCGGUGGCAUAAAUUACGCGUCUGGAGCUUCCGGCAUACUAGAGGGAACCGGUAGCCUCUUUGUUGGACGUCUUCCACUAAGAACACAAAUUGAUAAUUUUGAGGUGAGUAGAGCUGAAAUGGUGAAGAUGAUGGGGGAAAAUGGUACACAAGAUCAUCUAAAGAAUGCGAUCUUCUCGAUAACGAUUGGAUCAAAUGAUAUUAUAACAUACUUCCUACCAAAUCUUCCUUUUGUUGGCAACUAUGAUGUUACCCCUAGUACAUUACAAGACAUCAUGGUCUCCAAUAUGACUUUUCAUAUCAAGCGCUUACAUAAACUAGGGGCACGGAAGAUUGUCAUAGUAGACAUAGGACCUCUCGGUUGCAUACCCUUUGUUCGGUCUAUACACUUUCUACCUGUGGGAAAAUGCCAUGAAGAAAUGAACACGUUGAUCCGCGGAUACAAUCAAAAGUUACGUACGGCUGUGCAUCGCUUAAAUCAAGAGAAAGGUUCAGGCUCAGUUUUCGUCUACGCAAAUUCAUACCAAGUCAUAAACAUGAUGUUACAAAACUAUCGUGACUAUGGAUUUGAGAAUGUGAAUGAUCCGUGUUGUGGAGAAUUUUUUCCGCUGUCUUUUUGCUUACGAAUCGGAGAUGAGAAUGAGAUUAGUACGAGUAUUUGCGAUGAUCGAUCGAAGUAUUUGUUCUGGGACUCGUACCACCCUAGCCAAGCAGCGAAUUUUAUCAUAGCUCAACAUAUGCUAAAUGGAAAUGAAAACAUAUGUUCUCCUUUAAAUGUUCGGCAGCUUCAUAAUUACAAGCUUUAAGCAAUCUAGAUUUUUAAUGUGGUAAGUGUUGUGGUGGAUUAUUGAGAUGUGUUUUUAGUUGGUAGACUAGAAGGUUAUUUGUAACCCUAGAUGUGUAUUAGAACAAAUUUGUGUGUUUUGUCUUCGGCUCAUCAUUUGGCUAUUUAUAUAUUAUUUACUAUAGAUAUA